UGAACAGACAGAGCAGGUGGAAGGCAGCUCGCUUGCUUGUUCCCCGGACCUGGCUAUCCCUAGCCUCUUGCCUGCAUCAGCCUCUAGCCUGGGACCUGUUCUGAUGCAUCCUUUGAUGCUGAGUCAGCCUCCUUACCUCCAUCAAACUGGAAACCAGAGUCACUCACCUGGAUAUUCCCCCAUCACACUUCCUCGAAACCUGGGACCCUCAACCCCUUGCAUGGAAUGGACUGUCCUCCUGGACCCUUGACUUUUCACCCUGACUAGGCCCCCGCCUAGGAUCCUCAGCCUCUCAGCAAAGAGCCUGGGGUCUGGGUUAGUUCAGCUCUGGCUGUGUAAUUUGCUGGCCUUCACGUGUCGCCUGUCCUACCAGCUGGAAAAUCAGGUCUUUCUCGUCCCUGUGUCUCUUUCCUGGAGGCUGCCCCCAUUCCCAGGGGCAAUUGUCCCUUUCAGCCUUGGUGUUUGGCUCUCUAAGAAUUUCACUGCCACUUUCUGCUCCCCUCCCAUCACUUUCCAUGGCCAUGUCCUAGUUGGGCCUCAGCUUGCCUGUCCUCCCCUUUGGGAGGCAUGAGGCCAGCAUGGGGCUCACAGACCCUAGGGUGUGGAGGAAGAAGCUCCCUCUGCCUGCUGGGCUUCUUGCCGUGGCGUUGGAAGUUGACAGUGAUGCGUCGGCAUCUUCUCCGCUGUCUCUCUGGAGCUGCUCUGCUCCUUGUCACCAUGGCUUUCCUCUCCAUGAGGUAUCGUGGCACUCAAGAGGUGGUCCGCCACCAAAGGGUUGGUGAUGGGACAUCGGAUAUCCUGGAGCACCAGGCUAAAAUGUCCCCAGCGGAUGUGCUGGGAGAUAAUAGCAGGAGACAGGAGCUGAAAGAGCCACCAGGCCCUUCCAAGGUGGACUCUAGUGUGUGGAGAGGCCUGGAGCUUGGAGAGGUUUUCAUUGCUGUGAAGACAACCAAGAGGUUCCACUGGACCAGGCUGGAGCUGCUGCUGGACACUUGGAUAUCCAAGGCAAAAGAGCAGACCUACGUCUUUACUGACGAAGAAGACGAAGCCCUGCAGAAGAGAAUGGGUGACCAUGUGAUAUUCACAAACUGCUCCACAGAGCAUAGCCACCCAGCCCUCUCCUGCAAGAUGGCAGCCGAGUUCGAUGCAUUCUUGGCCAGUGGCCUGAGCUGGUUUUGCCACUUGGAUGAUGAUAACUACCUAAACCCACAGGCCCUCUUGAAGCUCUUGUCUUCCUACUCUCCAGCCCAGGACGUUUACAUUGGGAAGCCCAGCCUGAACCGGCCCAUCCACACCUCCGAAACAAUGCCCAACAAUCAGACGAGGUCCGUGCGCUUCUGGUUCGCUACUGGAGGGGCGGGAUUCUGCAUUAGCCACAGGCUGGCCAUCAAGAUGGCACCUUGGGCCAGCGGCAGUAACUUCCUGAGCACCUCGGAGCUCAUCCGCCUCCCGGACGACUGCACUGUGGGCUACAUUGUUGAGUGCAAACUGGGCGGACGUCUGCUCCCCAACAUGCUCUUCCACUCUCACCUGGAGAACCUGCAGCUGAUCCCCAGGGUCCAGCUCCUGCAGCAGGUCACCCUCAGCUAUGGUGUCUUCGAGAAGAAACUCAACACUGUUGAGCUGGCCGGCCCCUUCUCCCAGCACGAAGACCCCUCCAGGUUCCAAUCCCUUCACUGCCUUCUCUACCCGGACACUUCCUGGUGCCCGCGGCCCAUCUGACCUCCCACACCCAAAGGGUCCCACUCAGGCCAGCGACUCUCAGUUCAUGUUGUGGGGCGGGGGGCACUCAGGGAGUGCUGGGUGCUCCCUCUCUCCUUCGCAGUGACCACCCUGGGGCCGCAUGCUGCAGCUAGCGAUAGCUUUGUGGGUCAGUGCUUGCUGAGCACGGCACAGGGUGAGAAGGUAGGAUCCACAGCAAGGCACUCAGGUGAAAAUGUGGAAUGACACUGUUGGUGGGACACUUCAAAUGCAACCCCGGUGUCCACAGGCUCUGGGACACUUGUGGGGGCUGACGAUAGGUGGGAGGGGAAGACGAUGUGCCUCUGGUAAUGUAGGCAGUGUAAUUGUAGCCCUGUCGGUCCCAGGAUAUUAGAGAGAAAAGGUGGGUGAGAUAACCUUAUGCCUCUAUUAACACAGCGAGACUUUGGCCGCAGCUGCUGGCUGUGCAGGUAUAGUUGGAGACCUGGUGCCCCCUGCUGCCUGGAUUCAGCAUAUCUCUGUAUGCAUCCUGAGCCAUACUGACUGUGUGGCCGUGUGAAUGGAGUGUACGGCUGGCCUUCACUUCAGUCUCUGCUGGGCAGAGCCAGAGCCUCUCCUCCCUUUAUGCCCCCAAACCCUUUCUCACUGAGCUUAUGCUGGACAAGAGCCUUUUCUGUCCUCCCGUUUGUUGAGCCUCUGCUGGCCAGGGCUCCGCCUGCCCCAGCCCCCUUGCUAAGCCUCUGCUUAGAUAGUUUGGCUACAUGCUCAGGUCAGAAACUCAAGUCUUUGAUAAUUUGUUUCAAUAAAAUGGCAUUGUGAUCAUGACUUCGUGCUAGAUCAGCCCAAGAGAAGUGCUGCACUGGGACUGCCCGGGGAAGGGCAUGGGGGCCAGGAGCCGGAGUGCUGGGUUCUUCCAAGAGUCUUCCAUGUGAUGGGCAUGUGGAGGCGUGUGUGGGUUUGUGCAUUAUUCAAGUGGGGAUAUCUCUCUGUCUCUCCCUGAGCACUCUCCCUUUUCUCUGCUCCACUGGGGAUCAGGAUAAUCCAGCUUUCUAAUGACCAGCUUGUCCUUUGAGAUUAGACUCCAAUCUCUACCUGCCAGGAGGGGAUGUGAGAGGAUAGACUUAAAGAAGGAUUUGAAGUGGGAGAAAGGGAGAAUGCAGUAGAAGAGGGAGGAGGAGAUAGUGAAGGAGCACACAAGAGCAGAUUGGAGAUUGUGGAUUUAAGAGCCGUGCCAAAAAACCCCUAACUCUCUAUGGAGUGAAAACAGAAGGGUAAAUAAAUUAUUACCGCCGCUCUUCAGCCCUCCAGACACUAGGGGGCAGCUUCAUCUGCUCCUCACCCCUUGUUCAGUGCAGCAGAAAGGGGAAGGAGUGAGAGGGAG